AUGACCUGCAGAGCUGCUGCUAUCUUAGGUACCUUGGAAUCACAAGUAGUUCCAUUCAAACUCAAAGCCCUUGAUGUGGACCACCUGCCUAUGAGGAUGCAGGAUAGACCUACUCUGAUUGAAGAACUGAUUGUGAACAAUGAGGAGCUCCUGCACCUGAGUUUGAUGACAAGUUCUGAGCAAGACUAUCUCUACUUGAUUGAAUACAUCUGCUUCAUCAACUAUCAAGCACUGCAGGACCCAUUAGCUCACACCCAGGAGGGUUUGAACAAUAUGGCCACCAGAAUAACUAGGAACAUGGGUUAUGUGAAUGACAACUAUGAUGACUGUAUCAAUGGCAUGAAAAUUCUUGCAGAUGACUUACUGAAUGAGAAGGCUUCACCAGCAUUGUUGGAGUAUACAAGUUGGGAGCAAUUGUCUGCUGGCAAUUCCAUGCAUCUAUCUUGUUUGUACCUUCAAAAUUCCAACCAAAGUUUGUUAGCUGAAAGAGAUUCUUCAGCUGCAAAGGAUACAUUGUUUUACAAGUACUGGUUUGAGGCAAACUUUGACCCUGGUUCAGUGAACAGGCUUUCCAAUUAUCUUGAAGCCAAUCAUGCAUUCUAUGAUUGUUCUUCCAACAAGGAUAAAUGGAACACUGGAUUCCAUCAAGCAUGUCUGUUUGAGACUGCAUUUUUUGCAGUGGGGCUGAAUAAGGAUUGGUAUAAAGGUCUUUAG